ACGUGGAUCACUCUGCCAACAAAAUACUCCGCGCUUCACCUAUAAAUAUCCCACCAUUUUUUUAAAGCUUCAAAUCUCCAAAUUAUCCUAAAAAUAUUGGCCUUCUUUGUUGGAUAUUGAAAAUGUCAGGAAGAGGAAAGGGAGGCAAGGGAUUGGGCAAGGGAGGAGCAAAGCGUCACCGUAAGGUUCUCCGUGAUAAUAUCCAGGGAAUCACAAAGCCAGCAAUUCGUCGUUUGGCUCGUAGGGGAGGAGUCAAGCGUAUCAGUGGCUUAAUCUACGAGGAAACUCGUGGAGUUCUGAAGAUCUUCUUGGAAAAUGUGAUUCGUGAUGCUGUGACCUAUACCGAGCAUGCGAGGAGAAAGACUGUGACUGCUAUGGAUGUGGUUUAUGCACUGAAGAGGCAGGGUAGGACUUUGUAUGGAUUUGGUGGUUAGAUCUUAGGUGAACUUAGGUUUUAGGUUUGAUAAAAUAGGUGGUGGGGAGUUGAAGCCUUGCUGUCAAGAAUGCUUGAGCGGUUAGGGUUAGGGCUUGCAAUUAGGGGGUCUGUUAGGAUGACUAGAAAUUUUA